AUUGUUACUUAAAAGUUGACAUUUUUUAAUUAACUGGAUGUAUGCAAACUUGCAUACAAGCGUAUGUACCUCCAUACUUGGGCACAGUGUUUACUUUAUAGAUAGCCUCUAUUAACCUGUCAUUUUAGAUCAUUUCAGUGAUUAAUUACUACUUAGAAUAAAGGAAAGCAUUAUGUAUUAUUGGUUCAUUGCCAUCAAACUUGUUUCAGGAACGGCGUUAUUGGGUUUCAGUAAAUCACACCUGUCCUUUAAGGAAAGCCUUUCCCUGAAGUGGGCGUGUUCGACACAGCCGAGUGGGCUGAGCCCAGAUAAAGCCAAUUUUAAGACGAGCGAGAGCCUUAACGCUGCAGCAGAAUGCACCGUGAAGGUUUAGUGUUAAGUCCUCACUGGGACAAAUAUAGCCACUGUUAGCCCAUCCCGGAGCCCAACCACAGCGCAUGGGGAACAAGCGAACUCACUCAGCUGCUCCAGCCGCUCGGCCGCGUGUAGCAAUCGAGGAAGUUGUUAGAAUGUAGAAGGAGCUGUUGUGUCAGCCGCGGGCCGCCGAGACAGAGUGCCGCUCUCCAGCUGAACGCACCCCGAAGCGCCAUCCUUGUUACAUGUGUACAGCCAUGAAGUUCCACCAGUGCGUACUUCAGGACACUCCCGGGAACCAGAGCGAGAACGAAGUGUGGAAAUGGCACAUUCAAGACCCCGCCAGCCAAAGGCUGACGUGGAACAAGCCACCAAAAAGUGUUCUUGUCAUCAAGAAGAUCCGUGAUGCCAGCCUGCUUCUGCCUUUCAAAGAGCUCUGCGUAUUCCUCACCGAGAUGAAAGACUUGAUUGUAUAUGUGGAAAAUAAAGUUCUGGAGGACCCAGCGAUUUCCGACGAUGAGAACUUUGGGACCAUUACUAAGAAAUUCUGCACUUUCAGAGAUGAUCUUGAUGACAUCUCCAAUCGCAUAGACUUCAUCAUCUGCCUCGGUGGAGAUGGAACUCUGCUGUACGCGUCUUCGCUUUUCCAGGAGAGCGUUCCACCAGUUAUGGCCUUUCACCUGGGCUCCCUGGGAUUCCUGACACCUUUCAAAUUUGACACCUACCAGUCUCAAGUCACCCAAAUUAUUGACGGCAAUGCUGCCAUCGUCCUGCGAAGCCGCUUGAAAGUCCGGGUGCUCAAAGAGAACUGCGACAAGAAGGCCAGAGUUGACGAAAACUGCAUCGUUCUGACUAAUGGGGACAUUGAAAGCAGCCGGAAAGCUGUCGAGUAUCAGGUACUGAACGAGGUGGUGGUGGACAGAGGACCCUCCUCGUAUCUCUCCAACGUCGACCUCUUCCUGGACGGACACCUCAUCACCACCGUGCAGGGAGACGGUGUGAUCGUAUCCACACCCACGGGUAGUACAGCGUAUGCGGUGGCAGCAGGAGCUUCCAUGAUCCACCCCAACGUGCCGGCCAUCAUGAUAACCCCCAUCUGUCCACACUCGCUCUCCUUCAGACCCAUCGUGGUGCCUGCAGGGGUGGAGCUCAAGAUAAUGCUGUCUCGCGAUGCCAGAAACACAGCCUGGGUGUCAUUCGAUGGAAGAAAGAGACAAGAGAUCUGCCACGGAGACAGCAUUACCAUCACUACUUCCUGCUUCCCUGUUCCCUCCAUCUGCUUCCGGGACCCGGUCAAUGAUUGGUUCGAGAGCCUGGCCCAGUGUUUGCACUGGAAUGUGAGGAAGAAGCAGAACCACAUUAGCUCGGAGGACGAGGAGUUCUGAGGCUCCAGUCUCACGCACCCUUUAGGCUUUGUUUCUUUUUGUGGGCAGGUUUAACCAAACUCCAUUCACCAUCAUUUGGCCUAAUAACGUUGGCAAUUAAAGUUUUCAAAGCGUGAUCAUUCAGUUAGUUAUAUCAUUUGUAUUUCAAAAUGCCUUCUCAACAAGAAUUUUAUUUUACUAUUUUCCCCCCAGUGACACAUUUAUUCUUUCCUAAUGCAGUCUUUAAAACAGCUACUAGGUUAUGUCCAUUAACUUGAGUAGAGCUCUGAGCUCGUCAAAGACAAAAGUCUCUGAGUCGGACGCCGAGCUGCAGAAGGCGACCCAACUAACAUGCUGCUGAGUGCUCUCGUACGUUUUGAUUAUUACGCCCCAUCAAAGUGCAAAGCCCGUGCUGCUAGCCAUAUUUACAUAAGGCCACACAGAACCAAAGUUUAUUUAGUCUAUUGUGCAAGAGACUGGGGACAAUUUCAUUUUUAAAUAAGUAGAAAAUUUUCAUUACCAACAUUUGAAAAGGGGCAUUUUCAGAUUCAAAUAUAAAUCCUAGAAUUUCAUAAAAUGAUUUGUUUUUAAUUAAUAUAAAAUAAUUGACUAUAUUGGACAUAUAAAGUUUUUAAUGAGUCUGUAGAAUACCCCAGAAGAUAUAAUGACACCUAAUGUGUAAAGAUGUGACUAUUAGAAUGGAGUUUGGCGCCACGGUUUUGGUGUUUUCCUCCUGCAUGCCUUGCAAAGCAGUUUGAAGGGUUGGUGGUUCGAUCAGUAAUCAGGAGGAAUGCGAGGCUUGGGAGGAACGUGGACUAAAGCGCUGAAGGUGGUUUUUGGCACCUUUUUUUUUUUUUAGUCUGACACAUCUAGGGACACUGCAGGAACACAUCUAGUACGUUAUUAACAAGUUAAUUCCUACAGCGGAGGUUAAGGGUUUUUUUUUUUUUUUUUGUCUAAAGCAUGUGUUCAAUCAAAAUGUUCAUGAAAUCAGGGAGGGGGAAAAAAAAAAAGUAAAAUUCCAUAUGAAUGACAAAUGGUGGUGUUACACAUAUUUAGUUGCAUCUGGGGGGGUGAGUUACAAGAUAUCUACUUGGCUUUAGUGACCCAAAUGUACAGACUGUGCCUUACACACGCGUAUCAUUAAUUUUAUAGAUAUGUCAUUUUUCAAGGUUUACAUCACGCACGACACCAGGUUGGCUUUUGGGGUUAUUUAGUAUGCGAUGCGUAACCCGUUUUGCAGACACGUAUUCCUUGCGUUGGCUCGUAUGUGACGCAGGACGAUUCAUUCCAGGUCCCAUUUCUUCAGUGUUUUUAACGUCUGUUUUAUGAAAAGCCAUUCAAGCCAUAGCUGAACUCUGUAGGUUUUAUAGACCAAUGUCUGGGCUGCGGGGGAUUUAAAGUGUUGUUGUUUUUUAGACUUUGUUCUCUGCCACUGUGUAGUUUUUUUUUUUUUCUGAAAACGUGUGGCCUAUCGUACAUAUCUGUUCACAUGUUUUUUCUAGUUGUUAAUAAUACAUGUGUGUGUGUGUGUAUAUACACACUAUAAAUUGGCUUAACUAAAUGUGUCUGAUGGAAAACAUGAAGUUUCACCUGUAACUAAAGUGGACCAACUGAGUUGUGAAAGGCAAUCAUUCCUUUAACUCGGCAUAUAUGUAUAUAUUGUAUGGGACACUUGAAUGAAGAUGUAUUUUGUAAAGUCAGUAUGUUAAUCUGUUUACAAUGUAUCAUUGCUUAAAAUAAAUCUAUUCGAUACUUUUUUUACAUUAAUAAGCUGUAUAAUUAAUUUUUGUCAGUCCAGCAAAAAUUUUAGAAGCACUUCUACAUUCUAAAUGCUUUCCAGGAAAACUUGAAAUCAGAUUGUUUUUUGUUUUUUUUAAGUUCUUCAACCUAUGAGUCAAGAGAUGAUGGGAAAGGAUAUAGUUUGUUUCAAGUGUUGAUCUGAACAAAAAUAACAGGUUUUACUUGUAUUUUCUACGAGGAAUUGUCAACUCUUCUCUCAAAGUGCUUUCCACUUUUGUAACACUUUUGUAAAUGUGUCUAAUCCCGCACUUUAAUAAACAAAACAUUAGGGAGUUUGUAUCCUCCUGUAUGAUCAUUGUGCUUCGCUCCAAAGGUUCGUCAGGCAACAUGCACUAGAAGGAGAAACGAUGUUACCUGGAUGUAACUCUCUCUGCAAGUAAGCGAAACCAAAGGGAAUCUGGACCCAUGUGGGAGUCAGCUUUCCAAAUUAUGUCUUAGUGACUAGCCAGCAAUGGCUAAUUAGAAAGCAUGGCAUGUUUGGAAAUAAACAAUUACUUUUCCUGGUCAGCCUGUUGGACUCUU